AUGAAGUUAAUUUACCUGUUUUUGCUAAUUUUUAUUUUUAAAAAAUUAAUUUGUUGUGAUUCUUCAUUGUUUUCUAAACAAAUUAAUUGUGUUGCCGAUUAUCUUUUGAUUGGAAAAAAUCUUCAGACAGAAAUUUUUGCCGAAAAGAUAAACGGAGAAUGGAAAAUUCAACGAGGAAUUUCAGAAAAUAUUUCGAAAGAAAUUAAAAUUAAUAGAAAAGAAAUGGGAAAAAUUAUGGGGGCUAAAUACACAAAAAAUUGUUUUAGAAAAAAUAAAAAAUUGGUUGAUCAAAGAGAAAAUGUUUUGGAAGUUAAAAAUAUUUUUGAUAAAAUAAAAAAUAAAUAUUUAAUUUUAUCUGAAAAUUAUCAGAAAAAAUUGGAAGAGCAAUCUUUUUGUUUGGCUAAUUUUUUGUUUAAACAUUUUGGACCGGCUUAUAUGGGUGGAAAACCAGUAGAUGAUUUAAUUGAAGAUGAUUUUGAAGCAAUUCGAAAUAAUUACAAAAUUUGUUUUGGAGAAGAAUCUCUUGUUAUGUUUUCUAGAUGGAAGAGGGGAAUGCUUAAAGAAAAUCAGAUAAAUGAAGAAUUUAUUGAAGAUUUAGAAAAAUGCAAUAAAAUUUUAAAAACUAAAAAAAGGCAAGGAAGGAAGGAUAUUGUCUAUAUAUUCACCUUAAUCCUGCUACAACUUAAUUGUUCUUUCAUGACUUAACCCUACAGAUCCACAUCCUUACUUCUAUACUGCGAAUCCACCGAUAUUCCUCAACCCCUCUUGACCCCUUAAUUACUCAAUAUAUUUCCAAAUCGCUCAAUAUUUU